AUGGCAUCACACCUCGCACAGGCAGCCUGCGGCCCCUCCAGCCAUCCCCAGGAAUGAGGCGGUAUCCUGGCCCCCGGACAACUCCCUGGUCCCCAAAGAGCAGGGGGAUCUGCAGGGAACCCCACAGAGGUGCCAGCUGCCAGCACACACACACACACACACACGCCCCGCACCCCAUACACACCGGCAGCAGGCGCUCGCCUUCCACCGUGUCCACCGCAGGGACCAGUGAUGGUAAUCAAGGUGUAAUUAAUCCCCCCCACCGCCUGCCGUGCAUUCAUAUCCCUGCCCGGGAGCUGUGUGCGUGAACACAGGCCCGUGGUGGCACAGGAGCCUCCAUAUUCCCCCUCUGACAGACAGAUGCAGGGAGGAAACGUCACUGUCACCAUCAUCCAUGAGGAACAGCCUGCAACCCUGUUCUCAGCACCGUCUGUGCCUGGGCAAGAUGCAAUGGAGCCUCUUUAUCUCUAUGACCUUGGGCUCCCAACGGAAAACAAAACUAUUCAAAGGAUCCUCUGUCCCAUGGCUGUGCAGCUCUGCCAUCUAAUCCUCGCCCUGGAACGGGAAGAUGGGAUGUGUCAGGCCUUUCCCAAUUUAGGGGAGAAUGUGGAAAAAUUAGCCAAAGCCACAGAAGUAUUUGCUUCUGUUGCAAGAAGGUUGGCCGAGGAGUCUGGCGAUGAGAUGUUCAAGGAGGAGAUGCAUGGUGCAGCUGAGUCCCUCGUCCUAGCAGGGAGGUGCGUGCUGCUGGCAGGCUGCAAGCUCCAGGUACACCCGGACAACCCUAGCCACAGGGAGAAGCUGGCUGCAUCAGCAAAGAGAAUCGUAACAGAGACAGGGAAGAUCCUUCAGAUCAAAGAUGCUGCUGGGGCGAGGAGGAUAACUCAGGCUGCCAGCUGGCUUUUGGAUUGCUUGAGCAUGCUGCAGGAUGCAGGGGACAUGCCAGGACUGCUGGCUGCUUUCCGGGCCUUUUCUGAGGCUUUGCUUCUGCUGAGCAAUCUGACAAUGAAGCGCCUCGAGGAACUCGGAGAUUGUCCUCGACAGAAGAGCUUGGCCCAAACUUUGCAGCUCCUUCAGAAGUGCAUUCCUGUGCUUCAUCGAGCCAAGCACAGUGAUAUUAAACACUCCUGGGAUCAGCAAGUUAACCUCUCCAAAGACUAUGCUUUCCAGCUGACGGAGAGGACCAUCAAAGAGCUCACUUCCCUGCUCGUUCACAAUAUGGGCAGCAAGGAGCCACAGGACAGAAAUGGAACCUUCUCUCAGCACAUGAGCAAGCUGCUGGGUCUCCUCUCUCAUCCAGACCCAGUGCACCUCUCCGACAGUGAGUUCAGUGCUCAUGUGGAAGUGGUCAUUUUCUACUGCUUGCUUCUAGCAGACUCAUCCAGGCCAGAUCUGAAGCUGGACCUGGUAAAACACUGCUGGGCUCUCCUACAGCUGAGGAAAAGCAUCUGCAGCUAUGUAAGCCAUCAGGAAAGAUAUCCAGGGCAAAGCUGGGGAGAAAGCAGCCUAGAGAAGGAAUGUCACGCCAUGAAAGAAGAAGUGGAGGCUCUCAAUCAGGCAGUGCUCACAGCUACUCUGUGCCAAAUCCUCAACACCUUCUUUGAGGGUAAGGAACCCCUGAGGCAGUUAGUUGAAGAGGCCCUUAACCUUGCUGGUACAGGCUGUCCUGCAGCAGGACAAGGAGGACUUUUAAAGAAGCUUCAGCCCCUAACUGCCACCUUCUUCACGCACGCGCAGAAGAUGCUCAGAGCAGCAGACUUUGUUCUGGCCAGGUGUACCAAAACCCAAACAGCUAGAGAAAUCAGAGAGUGGGUGGAGUAUUUGAAGAGGCUUCUUGCCAGUCUCCCUCCACUGCUUACAGAAAUGAGCAAAAAUACAGCCCAGGUGAGAGCUGCUGAGCAGUUGCAGUCCUUGUACCACAUGUGGGCUGGAACAACAGAAAGCCUGUUGUGGUGUUUCGAGGAGAUGGUCAGCAUGCAUGAAUUCCUUAAGCUGUCCAUCCAGGAAAUGGGCAAGCACAGGGAAUGGUGUGAAAAGGCCCUGGAAAGUCAGGACUCUGAAAGGCUCUCUUGGCAUGCAACUCACCUCACCAGUUGGGCUCAGUGGGUGGUUGAAGCUACCACUAGGUACGUGGACAGAGCUACAGACCCCAUUUUCAGGAAUGGCUUGCUGGUUUGGCUUGAGCAACUGGCCAGCUGCACUCUUCAGCUGAAAACAGUCACAAGCCUUUGUCUAGACAGACUCUCCUGUCUCCAAACUAGGGAUGUGUUUUCAAAGACAGUGAGCUGCCUGAUGGAUGCUGCUUACCAUGUCCAAGGUGGGCUGGAUGGGUCCAACCAUCCAGAUAUCCUCAGCCCUCUCCGGGAACAAGUACGAAACACUGGCAUUGCAAAGGGGCUUGAACUCAGCCCAUCAGGUGCUGGGCUAAAAACCAUUAUGGAUGAGGCUGCAUUGCAAGAAGACAUCUCAGCUCGUCCAUCUUCACAACCAGGUAACUUAUACCCGGAUGUUGUUCCAAAGAGAGGAAAUACGCACCCUGUCAUUACAGCUCUCCUAGCAGCAACAAGAUCUCACAAUAUGGCAGCUGUCAAUGCUGCUUGCUCCGCCUUGCUUGAACUCUCCAAUGGCUGUAUCGAUGCGGCAAAGGAAGCGCUGCCUGUUGCCGAGUUUCCCGAGACAGAGACACUGGGGCAGUAUCAGAUGAUGGUAUUACUGACACCACGUGUUAUUAGCCUGGCCAGGGAAACAGCCCCAGAGCAGCUUCAUCUUCCAAGUAGACUUCUCCAAAUGGCACUCAUGCUCUCAGAAAGGAUCUGUGAGACUGAAAAGUGCCUGGCAGCUGUGGCCGGCUCUUGGUACAGUCUGUCUCAGCAAGUGUUUGGCUUUAUCUUGUCCGCUGACUUUCUGAGAGGCAAACAGGCUUUGGACGAGACCAUGAUGAGUUUAGCAGGAGCAGUUCAGUUAGCAGGAGACAUUGCAAACAUGACCUCUAGUAACGGAAAUCCCAUUUCCUCUGAUGUCUGGGAGAGCUUUCUACAAGUCCAAGCCAAGUUUUCACAUGCUCAGAUGAACACCAAAGUGUUACUUGAGAAAGCAAUGUCCUUUGACAGCUCCUGCGGAGUGGAAAAGGCCAUCCUAGAGCUGCAUUGUGUCCAGUGGGCUGUCAGCAUGAGUGUCCUGCUGGGCGCUGUGGAUCAAUUCAUAGGAAGGGAUGCUCUGUUCCUGAGGGAGCUGAGGAGUGCCGUGAAGAACAAGCUUUGCUCACAGGGCCUCUUGGCUGCUGUGUCUGAGAACUCCCUGAGGCUGCAGGAGGCUGCCCUGCUCUCGUACUUGGCCUGCCCUGAGGAGCAUGGUUGCAGUGAAAUCCUAGUGCUCAGGGAGGAGAUAAAGGUACUAAUGGAAGCACUGCUGGAUGCCUCCAAUACCCUCUUGGCCUCCCCACUGUCUGCUGCCAGCUUGUAUAGUCGCUUUGAGCUCCUGCAGAGAGACUUAGCCCUCAGGGCCAAGGCAUUAUUGCUCCACCUGGAGAAGGUCAAUACCAAACACCUACAGGUCAUCCGAGAUGUCAUUGGACCAGCCCUGUCCCCCCUCUCUCAAAAGGACAGGGAGAGAAGCAAACAGGCCUUUGAAGAGAAGGCCAGUCAACUAAUGGCCAGUGUUCAGUGGGUCAAAACCACCCUCCAAGACAUUCUGGAGGCCAGUGCUCAACUGCAGUUGCAGGCAAGCCUGCUCUCCACUGCAGACCACCUCCUCGUCCUCACAUCUGAAGCAGUGGGCAGUGCCAGUCAGCUUUUCCAGAGCUGCUGGGACAAACGGUAUCUCCACCUAGAGAGCAUUGUCUGGUACUGGUCAGCAAAGGCACACUACCUCAUCACGCAGCUCCAGGCUGUCCAAGGCAUCAGUGGACAUGUUCUGCAGCUCAUCAGACAACACCUGGAGAAUGAUGGGAACCAGUGCUCCCCAACACAAUGCACCAGCACAGCCAAGCUUUUUCCAGCCCAAGAGCUUGAUGCUCUGAGCCACACCAAGUCAUCAGAAACUUGCCCUAGCAGGAGUGGACAAGGAAGUGGAGCUGCCAGAGAGGCAUGUGAAACGCACUGUGACGGUCCUCGCAGUGUCUCCCUUGCCAGCAGCCCUGGGAAGCAUGAGAGAGGAGACAGUGGCACGUGGCAGAGUGGCUCCAGCAAGAUAUCCCAGGUCAUCAAGGACAUGGCAACAAGGAUGCUUCACAUGACACAGUUCCUGAGGAAAAAGGGCCCCAUCAUGAGCAAGGACCAGCUUGUCGACUGUGCAAAGCAAAUUGCUUCUGAUGGGCAGGUGUUCGUUAAAUUUGGCCACAUCAUUGCGAAACACUGCCUGGACAACAGGUGCUCCACAGAGCUGCUGUGCGCCACAGAGCAGACCCACACCAUCAGCAGCCAGCUCGGCAUUGUGGCCAGGGUAAAAGCAGUCACUGCAGAGAGCAAGUCCUCCUCUGAGCUGCUCGUGAGCAACGCACAGAACCUAAUUCAAGCAGUUCUGCAUGUUCUGAAGGCAGCUGAGGCAGCGUGUAUCAAAGGUUUGCAACAGCCUCUGCCUGACCCUGAAGAAGAGGAAGUAGCUGCUUUUUGCAUGUGCUGGAGGAAAAACCUGUUGUGGCAUAGAGCCAAGAAGUCUUUGAACUCAGACAGGGAUGAAUUAGGGCUCCGAAAGACUCAGGCAAGGGCUGAACCCUCCCUGACAGCUAUGAUGCAAGAACAAUCACCUCAGACCAAUACCCCCAGGCAUCAAAAAACUAUUAAAGGACACACAGUUACGGACAGCCACCUGUAAAAACAGGAAGGGACUUCUGCUGGAGGGGAACUGCAUUGCUAACUGGCCUAGAAGAAACAAUGUACUCCUGACACUCCUGCCAGCUCACGUGUCUUCUGCUGGAGCUGCUCUUGCAGGAGGACUGGAAGUGCAAGGCGUGAAAUGGCUUUUGUGCGCUGGUCGCUCCUCCUGCGGCAAAUUCCACCCUGCAGAGACACUGCUUCCUUCUGGCAACUGAAUGUAGAGAAUAAAAUUAUGCCACAUGCUAGUGUAUUUGCUAAGAAGCCUCUCAUCCAGGUGGCAUGUGAAUUUCAGCAGUAAGAUGUGAUAUGAAGCCACAGAGGACACAGGAGUUGGUGAAGAACUUUAAGACCCAGUUAAAGGGAAAACAGAGGUUUUCCUGUUCUGUAAAACAUCACUCACUGAUCUUUUUU